CCGUGACAGGUUCUGGGACGCUCAGACACCGUACGGAACUGUCAUUGGUCCCUUCGCUUUACUUCGGAACUUAGAGGAGUUCGCAGCGGCCCCUUCCCAGACACCUACACCCUCCUCCUGGGCCGGGGAUUCCUUGCUGUGUUUCAUCUCGGAUCCCCGCCUUCUAAGGCAGGGGGGUGUGGGAGGGGGUGAUCGGUGAACCGGCCCCAUCGGCAACCCCGAGCAGCCUCGGAGCAAGAUGAGCGCAGACGGGGACUCCGGGAACCCCCUGCCCCGGCUCUGUAACUUGGAGAAGGGGCCGAAUGGCUACGGCUUCCACCUCCACGGCGAGAAGGGCAAAGUGGGACAGUUUAUCCGGCUCGUGGAGCCAGACUCGCCGGCCGAAAAGGCGGGACUGCUGGCCGGGGACCGGUUGGUGGAGGUGAACGGCGAGAACGUGGAGCAGGAGAGUCACCAGCAGGUGGUGAGCCGUAUCCGAGCCGCGCUCAACUCCGUGCGCCUGCUGGUGGUCGAUCCGGAGGCCGACGAGCGCCUGCAGAAGCUAGGCAUCCAGGUGCGGGAAGAACUACUGCGCGGCCCGCCCGCCCCGCAGAAGGCCGCGGAGCAGCAGGCGGACGGCGAGCAGCCGCAGCCAGAGGCGCCCGGGGAGUCGCGGGAAGAGCAGAGUCAGCCGCAACAGAGGGAGCUGAGGCCCCGACUUUGUGCUAUGAAAAAAGGUCCCAAUGGGUAUGGUUUCAACCUGCACAGUGACAAGUCUAAACCUGGCCAGUACAUCCGUGCUGUGGAUCCCAACUCACCAGCAGAGGCUUCAGGGCUCCAGGCCCAGGACCGGAUUGUGGAGGUGAAUGGGAUCUGUAUGGAAGGGAAACAGCAUGGGGAUGUGGUCGCUGCAAUCAAGGCUGGCGGAGAUGAGACCAAGCUGCUGGUUGUGGACAAGGAGACAGAUGAGUUCUUCAAGAAGUGUAAAGUGAUACCAUCCCAGGAGCACCUGAGUGGUCGCUUGCCAGAGCCUGUUGCCAAUGGAGAGGUAGAGAAGGAGAGCAGUGCCACCUGGACUGAAGCAGUGUGUGAGAGCCCCAAACCAGCAUCAUCAAGAUCUACGCUUAGUGAAGCCAGUGAUGAGAUGAAUUCUCAAGACAGUCCCAAGGAACAAGAUUCCACUCCACCCUCUUCUACAUCUUCCUCCUCUGACCCCAUUUUGGACUUCAACAUCUCCCUGGCAGUAGCCAAAGAGAGGGCUCACCAGAAACGAGGCAGCAAACGCGCACCACAGAUGGACUGGAGCAAGAAAAAUGAACUCUUUAGCAAUCUCUAAGCAUCUGUAUUGACAUCCUCCUUCCUCCCUUCCCACCAAACUACCCUGGAGAGUGGGGAGGAGGUUGGGGGUGAGGAGACUGAACCGUGCCCCUUGCUCUUCCUUCCCUUUCCUCUUCUCCACUCACCCCAAAUCAAAGUACAAAUCAGCACCAGCAUCUGAUUUUCCUAGACACCCAUGUUCUUUCUAAAGCCCAGAGAGCAUGUUUUCCUAUUAUGUUCUAAUGAGAAGACACCUUUCCCCAAAUCCCUUCCUCUUAGGGCCCUAAGGAGGGUAUACUUCUUAGCUACAUUCUCCCUUACCCCCUGCCAGCUGGAGGACUGUGAGACGAUUUCGUAGGAUAGAUUUUUUUUUUCCAAUUCAUUUUUUUCAUGCCAUCCUAACAGAACACCGUCCAGAGCCUGGGAAUGGCUGAAUGAGAAGCCUUAAGGACAGAAACCACAGCUCAGGGAUGGGCAGGGUCUUUUCCCUAAAAGCUACAAAUCAGGGUGUUUGGGGUUUGUUUUGGGGGGAGGGGUGGGAAAUGUGUUUCAGUGUCGUAAGUUUAGAAGGAUUUUUUGUGUGUGUGCUAUGAUUAACAUGAUUUUUCCCAGUUCC